CUGUAUUUGCUGCAGUACUGCAUAAUGGCGGCGUUGCUAAGCACAACGUAGACGUAAAUAUUUUGAGCUCGGGAAGCUGCCUUUCUCCACCAAGGCGAAACUUUUUCGAUAGGAUUGACAGUUAUCGUUGUUGCUGAUCAAUCAAAGAUAAAACCAAAAUGACUACCGUCCUUCCACAAAAGCCUGAAGGGACAUACACUUUCGCAAGUCAGCCAAGAGCCGUACCACAGAGAAAAAAGUACAGAGAUCCUAAUUCUGGAGCGGCAUCUCAAAACCCGCGUCAUUGCCAGUGUGGAGAUGGUCCGAUACAAUAUGGCAACAUUAUGUAUGACAGGAGAGUGGUUCGUGGUAAUACCUAUGCCCAGCACACACUGCCUGCGACUGCCCAGCCCGACCCUCUUGAGCUACAGCGGCUUCAAGAGAACAGGCGCAGGGCAAUAGCAAGGAAACGUGCCAAAGAUCAGCUGAGGCCAAGGUCGCCAGAUCCGGUGGAGGGCCGCAAACACAUCGAUGUCCAAACUGAGCUGUACCUUGAAGAGUUGAGUGACCGGGUGGAAGAAGCUGACCAAGAAUGUCAGACAGAUGCUUUCCUUGACCGCCCGCCCUCACCCAUGUUCAUCCCUGCCAAGACAGGUCUAGACGUAGCCACACAGAUAUAUGAUGGCGAUCUUUUCGAUUUCGACUGUGAAGUCAAGCCAAUAUUAGAGGUCCUUGUUGGAAAGACAGUUGAGCAGGCCCUGCUGGAGGUAAUGGAAGAAGAGGAGUUGGCUAACCUCAGACAGCAACAACGUGCCUUUGAGGAGCUGAGAAAUGCUGAACUUGUGGAGCAACAGAGGCUGGAGGAGCAAGAAAGACGUCACAGGGAAGAAAAGGAGAGGCGAAUGAAACAACAGAGAGAAGUCUUAAGGAAAGAAAAAGAAACAGCAGAGAAAAUUGCUGCUCGUGCUUUCGCUCAGAGUUAUCUGGCAGAUCUGGUGCCCUCAGUGUUUGGCACUUUGUCUGAUAAUGGCUACUUCUAUGAUCCAGUCGAGAGAGAUGUGGAGCAAGGCUUCAUGCCCUGGCUGAUGGAUCAGGUCACGGCCGAGCUGGACAGGUCAGAGCGUGGACGUCUGGUCUUGGAUGGCAUUAUAUGUGAGCUGGUGACCCGCAGGAUAGAGGUCUACAAGCAGCUGGACAAGGAGCCAGAAGUCAAGGAAGAAGUUACACUGCAGGAUAAAACACAGGAGCUGGAGAUGUCAACUUCCAAUAUUAAGCCAGAGGAGGAAGACAGUGCGGCAGGGGUGGCUGAUGAUGGUGAGGUUCAGCCGGUGGGAGGGGAGGAGGAGGGGGAGACAGAGCAGGAUGGUGAGGGUGGAGCCGAUGGUGACCAACCUGCCGACACAGAGGCUGGCAGUCAGGAUUAGCUCAAGAUUAUUUCAUUUACAAUUAAAUAAUUAAUUCAAUUAUGGGUUUGUUAAUUAUCUUAAGUUUGAUUUAAAAGUGGCAGUUUAUGCUAGUGUUUAUAAAGAAGAAAGGGCCCAUUUGUGUAAGAAAAUUAAUCAUUACAUAGCAAUACCGGAAUUUACAUUGGAAUUUAGUUUGGAAAUUUUAUUAUCCACUAGAUUUGUAUUUUGUUUUGCUAUAAAUUUAUCCGGAUUUACAAUAAAAACCAUUUUAUUUAAAAAUAGCACUGAUUUUUAAAUUUUAAACUGCUAGAGUUGUUUACACUUGUUGCCAAUGUAAUUUUUGUACUCGAAAAAUAUUUGAUGAAAUUUAUACAAUAAAUAUGCCUUUACUCUU